GGCUUGGAUGAGAUUGGCAGCUUAGCCUCAUGUCUCGGAAGUCGUUCUUGGGCGGUUUGAAUCAUUCCAUCUGAUGGAGCCGCCGGAAUUGGCAGACACCAGGAGCCAGUUCCGGAGUACCAUGGUGCUCAAAAAUCUGGUGAAGGAAAGGAAGGUGACGGGACAGGAAGAAUUGAAAAGUACCGGUAUAUGAUGCAACUACGGACACAGGGCUUGUUCUCGGCCAUCGUGAGGUCGUGUGUCUUCAGGCACUACAUGAUUCGUUAUGCGCGGGAAAAAGAAACACAAGAGCGUGAAGAAAAAAGGGAGCCACCGGCAAUGACCGUCGAGACUUCGCCAAUUGGUCCAACAGCUGACAUGGAACAAGAACGCAGAAGGCAGGCCCAUACGGAUAUCAAAAUAAGUGCACUCAAUGACCGAACACAAGAAGUCCAGUCAUCAGGCCUCCUAACGAUCAACCACCACCGCUUUCACGACGUGGUGGGCGAUGGAGGAUCUUUUUCCAUGGGAACAGCAACGUGGAAAGCACCCAUUUCCCCCUCUGAGGCUGGGCACGGUGACUACCCUCGCCCACCGCGGGCUGAAGUUGUGGAUGGUGUCAAGAGUGGCGAGUGUCCAAUUUGCAAGCAAAGGAUCCCGGAAUCGGAGCUGGAGCACGACAGUUGGAAACGCCACGUCGACAAAGACAUACUGCCAUUCGUCUGCGUUUUGGAUACAUUGUCGGAUGCAAAGAUUUUGGCCACGAUUUGCUGCUUCACAACACCCCAGCCCCGAGACAUCUGCCCCAUCUGCGCCAAAACCCACUUGGAACCUACUUCACUCGGCCAAGACGACAGACCACGAAACUCGAAAGCCGCGGACACUGCCCCGGACUCCUCGACCAAGAUGGUACGAUUUGCAGAGGGUACGCUUGAGAAACCCAGCCGCCACACAAACCUGAGUUCAGUCGAAAAGUGUGUUGCGCAGCACUUAAAGGCCCUAGCACUAUACUUCCUGAACCGUCUUCUUGGCGACACUGAGCUGGAAGUUGAUGGCCCGGGCAGCCACGUCGUGGAUGCAUGCGUUUCACGAUCCGACUUCAACGACUCAAAUUCGGAAGACGUCGUUGACAACGUACUAGACAUUCCGGCCUCUUCGACAGCCGACACCAGUGGCGGUGGAAACCCAGCUGGCGUCGACAAAUCCGUGCGUGACACUUAUUCAGAACCAGACUCGGUCCUAGAUGCCGAAGAAGAGGCAUCAGAAAGCCCCCGAGAAUUAUGGGCAGGACUCAGAGACCCUGCACCAGAUCCGGAAUUGGACUCCAAAUUAAAGCCAUUCGUGCCUAAGGCUUAUUAUUACAAACCACUCGACUGUUAGGGUCGUCUGUCUGUAAGGGAGCACGGGCUCCACAGGAUGCUGGGGUUGGUAAUUAUGAAGAUAGAACAAAGGGCAAGCUCCUAUCGCACGGGUAAUACAGUCAAAUUGGAAUGUGUCACAAUAUUGGGAUUAGUGAGGAAGA